GAGAUGAGCUGCAGAAGUGAAAAUAAAUGAGCGUCGCCGAAACGGUGAAAGAAACCUCGUUCUUAAGGGUUUUCAAAUUGUAAAACUUCGGAGGAAAACGAUCCCCAAACCACUCUGGGUGGUAAGGGAAAGUUCUCCAAACUUAAAGGUAUGCUACACAGAUGCUCGCAGCCUACUAAAUAAAAAAUGGCGGAGCUCAGGUCAGUUGUAGAUAGGGAAAAACCGGAUGUUAUUGCUGUUAACGUCAGAAGUAUUAGAUAAUGAAAUUCAGUUGACUGGUUUUUUAGCCAGUAGGGCGGAUAGAUUAAACCGUAAGGGAGGCGGGGCUAUCCUGUACACAAAAAAUAGCUGAGACAGUGGCACAUGUUUCAGGGACACGUGAACUAAGGCGAUGAAAGUUGAAAUGUAGACAGCAACAUAUUGAAUAAGUUGUAGUAUAUCGUAUCCAGAAUGUGUAGCAGAUUAUUUUCUCCCAAGUAAACUUGGUGUAACAAGGGUAAAAGCCUUGUAGUAGGCGACUUUAAUGCACCGUAUAUAAACUGGGUUGACUUAGAAUUAGGGUCAUCGAUAACGUCGUUCGAUUACAAACUGUUAGACACCUCGAAUGGAUUGGCUUUAUUCCAACACAUUAGAGACCCCACAAGAUAUGACUUAAGAAACUCUUCUACUCUUUUAGAUUUAGUCUUCACACACGAUAAUGACGUUGGUCAAAUGACUUUCCUCCAACCACUAGGGAGAUGUGACCAUGCAGUCAUCUUAUUCAAAUUCAUAGCUGAGAAUGCCUGUCAAACAAAUGCGCCGGCCCGUCCUAAUAUAUGGAAGACAGAUAUGGAGGCAGCAUCGGCUGAAAACUGGUAAAUUGACUCAAGGGCAUCAGUACAAGAGGUAUGGACUCUUUUCAGCCAGUUAUACAAUCGGGUAACUCAACCCUACAUACCCUGGACAGUUCCAAAGAAGAAGCCAUCCCUGGAUAGGCCGGAAUAUUCGACGUUUACUAAGACACAAGAAGAAAUGUUGGGACGUUGCCAUCCGUCUUGGCACAGCAAGUACGAUGGAAUACUACAGAUCGUUAAGAGACAAGUGUAUAACAAAGAUUCGGAAAGCUCAAAGAAAACACGAAAUGCAAUUGGCACAAUAUGCACUCAAGCAGCCCAAGAGAAUAUCCUCGUACAUAAACUACAGAACAAGGAUGCAUCAUUGGAUUCCCAACCUAAUUAAAGAAGGAAGUGAAUCUGAAAUGAUAGAGGAAGAUCAGGAAAAAGCAAAGGCAAUGGCUGACUAUUUUGCGGCAGUUUUUACUCAGGAACCUCCUCUAGACAAAGAACCAAACCAAAAUAAACAGUCAACAAACCACCUGCUCACCGUGAACUUCGAUCAAGACGAUGUGCUUAAAGCUCUUAGCACCUUAAGCAUGGAAAAGUCAACAGGACCAGAUGAACUACACCCCAAAAUCUUGAGACAUAUUGCACAAUAUAUCGCGGUCAUUUGACCAAGGUGUGUUACCUAUGGACUGGAAGGACGGAAUCGUCACUCCCAUAC